AUGUUAAAGGAGUCAGGUCGAGUCGAGUUGGACCCACCAAUGAGCCAACUUGAGCUCACUUGUGGAUUAGACACAGGGACCCACACUGACAGUCCUGCAGUGGAAAGGUCACGGGUGGCUGAUGGCUCCUCGGGAACUGCAAAUCCUUUUGACAACUCUCUCAACUACACCACAGUACUGAGUACUGACCUCUGCAGAGAUAAAAGAAAUAGGACGUCGAAGAGAAACCUAGCAGAGAGAGAGAGAGAGAGAGAGAGAGUAUGUUCCCUCUUUAACCAUCUUGGUCUUUGGUGUUUUCUUUCCAAUAGAGAGAUCUUCAAAGCGUUCCUUCAAGAACCGGAACAAAACCCAAAUCCGAAAACAGACACAAACCCUAAUGUCAAGAAGAGAAGAAAUCUACCAGGAACACCAGAUCCAGAUGCCGAAGUUAUGGCUCUUUCACCAAUGACACUCAUGGCCACUAAUAGAUUUAUCUGUGAAAUCUGCAACAAAGGUUUCCAAAGGGAACAAAAUUUGCAGCUUCACAGAAGAGGGCACAAUCUCCCAUGGAAGCUGAAGCAAAGAUCUAACAAAGAUCAAGUCAAGAAGAAGGUUUACAUAUGCCCAGAGAAGACCUGCGUUCACCACGACCCGGCCCGAGCACUCGGAGACCUCACCGGUAUCAAGAAGCAUUUCAGCAGAAAACAUGGCGAGAAGAAAUGGAAGUGCGAGAAAUGUUCAAAGAAAUAUGCAGUUCAUUCGGAUUGGAAAGCUCAUUCAAAGACUUGUGGUAGCAGAGAGUACAAGUGUGACUGUGGCACACUCUUUUCUAGGAAAGAUAGUUUCAUCACUCACAGAGCUUUCUGUGAUGCGUUGGCUGAAGAUACUGCAAGAAUGAACUCUAUUGGAGCCAGCAAUUUAAAAUUCAGAAAUGAUCUGAACGGGAAUCUGAUGAACCCUCCUCCAAAUUUGACUCAUGGGUUAUCUGGUUCUAGUGGAAUUACUCAUCUUAGUGGUGGCGGAUUUAGGCUAGACAAUGGCAGCUUAUCUACUGGGAAGCCAAGAUUAUCACUUUGGUUGGAUCUGGCAAAUUCUCAACUCAAUCCCAUUGAUAUUUCAUCUGUCAAUUCCAAUCUCAUUAUGCCUUCAAAUUCAAGUGGAUUGCCUGAUAUGAUGCAAAUGACGUCCAAUAAUGUUUUUGGCCAAUCUUUAGUGGGAAAUUAUGCAAAUCUUUCCUUAUCAGCCUUGCCACCAACACAAGGACUAAAGGAAGAGGCAGCAAGUAGAGGGAGUACAUUAAUGGCGGAUUCACCAACUUCUCUGUAUUCUGAAAAUCAAAACCAGCAAGCAAAAUCUUUUGCACCCAUGUCUGCAACUGCACUUCUCCAAAAGGCAGCUCAAAUGGGAUGUACCAAAAGCAAUCCAACAUUUCACGAGAACACUUUAGGAGUGAUGAAUUCUUUUCCUUCAUCAUAUUCCGAUUCAGUGCAAAAUAGAAGUGAAAUGAACCAGGGUUUAGGCAAACAACAGGAGAAUUCAGCCGCGAAACCCACCGAUCCUGUGAUGGGAGCUUCAAAUUUCACCUCUUCAACGAGCACUACAAUGGAUAGGCUUGAUCAGUCUUUUCAUCAAACAGAUGGAACGCAAAGUCAGACUGCUUCACCUAACUUGAAUUCGAGGUUGCAUGGAUUGUAUCACUGUCUAACGAGAGAUUUUCUUGGCAUGGGAGGAGAAGGUGGAGGCCCAUUCUUGCAAGAACUGGAGAAUUUUGCUUUCAUGAAUUCCGCCAUCGAACUGAAUCACUUCACUUGCAAUCAGUAGCAAGUAUUCUUAGAUUCUUCUGCCGUACAAUUAUUAUGUAAACUAUAACAGCAGAUCUUAAGCACCAAACCAGUGGCAAAAAACCAUCCUUUACAAUUCAGUAUAAUCUUUUACAAUUUAAAAUGGAUCUUUCAUGCCUCA